CCUCCCUUAACACUCCCUCCAUCCAUCCUCACUCUCUCAUCGCUCUGCUAAAAUAACCCAGUGAGGUAAGCACCCGAGGCAUCCUGGGAUGAGUUUUAUACAGGCUGUUCCUUCUCUGCUGAGGAGAGUCAGAGUGGAGCGUGGAAGCACCCCAGCUCCAGUACAAGAUAAACAAUUCGACUAUCCAGACCAGCUCCAACACCCGACAUAUAGGCAGGCAGGAGACACAGAGAGAGAUGAUGAUGAUGCAGUCAGGCCUGGAUGACGUGACAAAGCAGAGGAUGUUGCAGGCCAAGGCUCUGUGUAAGGAGGCCAGAGGAGUUAAGUGUGGAUUGGAGGGUCUGAACCUUGGGAAGAAGAUAAGCGUUCCAAAGGACGUGAUGAUGGAGGAGCUCAACCUUCCAUCUAAUCGAGGCUCUCGCAUGUUUCAGGAGAGACAGAAGAGGGUCGAGAGGUUCACACUGGAGAACACUGACAAUGGUGCUUAUAGCACCAACGAUGUCUAUUCAGAGGCCGUUCCUCCCCCACAGAUCAUCCCAGAGCCACAGGGAGGAAAAGAGAACCAGGCUUUCUCCAUCCCUGGUAAGCAUAGCCUGGUCAUGAACCUUCAGAAGACUGUAGCAAAGAAGGGCAGUCCUGAUGUCCUCGCUCCAGGAUAUUCUGGCCCUCUGAAGGAAAUUCCUCAUGAGAAGUUCAACACAACAAUAAUCCCCAAAUCCUACAGCUCCCCAUGGAGCCAAGCUCUGGGAGACAACACAGAGCUCCUGAAUGCCCUCAAUAUCCAGCUGCCCCAGCUCCCACAAAGACUACAGCCUCCCAACUACAGGUGCUUCAACAGAUCUGCUCUGCCAUUCGGGGGAGCUAUGGCCAGCAGGAGGGUGAUCCCAGUGAUUGGCUUUGAGGCAGUGGAAUCGCAGAACCUGCCUGGUAUCGCUCUGGAACGCAUGUGUCGACGGCCCAACUUCAACAGAGCGCCCAGGGGAUGGGGAUGUGAUUUCUGCCCUGAAUCUAAUGAACUAUGAAAAGCCGUUGACCAGCUAAAGACUGAAGCACUGACCUACGCUUGCUGCUCUCUUCCUAAAAAGAUGAUCCCUCUGUUAAUCAGCGGGCACUGCAGAAGAGAGGAAAAAAAAAACACUCACUGCAUGUGAUAUAAAGUUAUUUGCUACUGCUGAGUGGUUUGACCAGAUGAGGUACUGCUGGAAUCACUUCAUUACCACAGUAGAGUCCCAGACAAUGCUGCCACAGGGUGAACAGUUCUGUUAUCCUUAGCCGUAUCUGAUCCCAUCAAUAGGGCUUUUCCCACUGCAUUCUCUUAGGCCAGGGUGAACCUAAGCACAGGGAUAUAUGAUUCACACUGCACUUCUAAUAGCCCUGGGUCAAGGGUCAGUUGAAACACAAAACUAAUGUUAGCAUUUUAGAAUGAUCAUGCUGCUUGCAGUUAGUAAAGAAAUUCCAACAACCCCAUUUCACACCGCAACUUUUAGCCUGAAGUUUAGUAGUUUUGCGGUGGAUAAUCCCCCAAACUUGACCGACCGAGCCCUAGACUCAAGUUGGGGUUAGCCCACUUGGAAAGUGCCAGGAUUGUGCCAGUGUGAAGACUCUUAGCCCAAGGCUAAGUGCAGUGUGAAAGGGGCUAAUCAACACCUGACACCAUUCUUUUCCCACUCGCAGCCCCUCCCUUUGUCUCCUACUAUUGUGUAAGGGAAUUAGUAGGAAAUAACUCUGCCCUUAAAAAUAGUUAGAAUAGCAGUAUUAAUGAAUAAUAUGCACUCUGAUACGGUCAAUGACAAAACUGGGUCAUUUUAAUGAGAAGUGAAAAUAACAUUCAAAUAAAGCCUUACAAUAAACAAAGUCAUUAUGAUGUGGAAUAUUAAGAUUGUGUCAAAUAAAAAAAAUU